AUGGAGGAGGCUCUCGCAAAAAUCAGGCCCCAUGUGUCCUCAAAUUUGGCUCACCAGAGGACGCCUGCGAAGCUUCUGGUCGCCGUCGAAUCGACGUUGAAGGAACAGAAGGCAGAACCGACACCAACGGCUUACUUCGCCGCGCUCUUGACGACUUUGGACGGCACAAUCCAGAAGAAAGAAUUGUCGCUGAACGAUGGAGACGUACUACCAGCAGAGCUAUACCUUUUGGCCUUCAUCAUCCCAUUUGUCUCCCCGCCGGUCAUUCGUGCAAAUCUGAACACAAUUCUCUCGCUCACAGCACCCUUAUUCCCUGCUCUGGAACCUCACGCACCGGCUCUUCGUUCACAACUUGCAAUUUACCAAGGGCUUCUGAAGUCUAUCGAUAGGUCACAACUGGAAGCUCAAGGAAUACGCCAGUCAUUCGCCUCAGUCCUGCAGUUAUGUAUCGACGGUCGACCCAAAGUUCGAAGGAAGGCAGCAGAGGUCGUGAGGGACAUUAUCUCCUGUCCCCCGGCACCACUUUCGAUUCACCCUUACUCCCAGAGGGUGGCAGAAUGGGCAAUAUCUAUUCUCGCAGAGGUUUCUUCAAACCCAAUCGCCAAAUCAAAAGGAAAACAAGGUACAAACGGUGGGGAAACCGGUAUCCAUGUUCUCCAGUUCCUGAACCCAGCACUUGCCCACCUUCCCCCUUCUACUUUGCCCGUCCUCACCAAACAGCUGCUCAGCCUUCCGAGAUUAGGCAACCUGUAUCUCACCCAAGCCGCCUAUUCCCUCCUCACAGACAUCUUCGCCCUCCCCGUUGAAGAUCCUUCGAUCAGCUUCCACGACCAGUUACCCGAAGUCCUUUCAAUCCUAUUGUCUUCGACGCCAUCAAAAUCUGACCAUGUGCUUCCGUUGGCAUGGACCUCGACGGUUGGUGAAGCCAUGGUGGCCUACAGCACCGUCAACCCCGCUGGCUGUGGGUCUCACAUUGGCAAAGUUUGGAAGUCUUUGUGGGGCUUUUUGGAAUCCACGGAGACAGGAAUCCGACAGGCAACAGCCCUCGCCCUUGUCAAAGUCACAACUUGCUUCUCUGAAGACUGGGUUCUCGCCGACGUGCAGAACUCCGGGAAGUCGACUGUUCACAGGAUUGUCGCGCAAGCAACAGAUGCGUUAGACUCGAUAUCGUACUCCCGUGCCAUCCCUGAUGUCCUGACGGUCAUUGCUGCCCUUGUACAAGGCCUUCGGCACCGUGCUACGAGACAGUCUCCCUCGGCAGCGGAAACGGUGCUAUCGCCGUUGAUCAAGAAAAUAGGCGAUCUACGAACCCAAAAGACGUUCGAAUUCAAGGAAAAUGCAGAUGCAGUGCUGGGAGUCGCCAUGCACGUUCUCGGACCUGAGGUCCUCCUUAACCUACUGCCCCUCAACCUUGACCCGGCUGCUCGGCAAGCAGGCGAAGAACCCCGUGCUUUCCUUCUACCACUUCUCGGACAACCCCAUCCCUCCCCGCUGCGUCACUUUGUCACCUACUUUGUUCCUCUCAGCGAACAAAUGUUCGACUUGCAACAGAAGGCCGAAAGCGCCGGUCGUCAUUCGGAGGCCAAAGUUUGGAGUGUUCUCGUUGGGCAAGCCUGGUCUGGCCUUGUUGGUUACUGCUGGGGAACGCCCGAUCUCAAAGAGUCCCUGGACGCCACAUUCUCUCAACUUCUAUCCCAGCUGCUGUACGGCCAACCCGAACUUCGGCCCGCUAUCCUGAAGGCUCUCAGGACCUUGGUCGAUUCGAACACGGCAAUGGCGGCGGGUAACUUUGAAAAGACACCAACUGCAGUCAUCACAGCGGAGGAUGCCCAGAGAAACGUCAAGUUCCUCCAGACUCAAGCGGAAAGCUGGCUAGCAGUGCUUUUCAAUGUCUUCGGAAGUGUCGACAGAGACUCGAGGGGAAUGGUCGGUGACACUGUCACUGCCUGGGCUUCAAUCACGAGCCAGGAGGAUAUUGUUAAAGCAUACGUCAAGGUUCUCCAAUUGUACAAGACGCAUCUUGUCAAAACUCAGAAAGUCAAACCAAAUUCCGGUUCGAACGACGAUGUCAACAUGACUACGACUGCCCAAGAUAUCCUCCUCCUCAUUCUUCCCCACCUCCCCGUUGCUACCUCUCAGGAGCUAUUCGAAAUUUUCCUCAACGCUGAUACUCUUUGCAACAAGGACAACGGCAUUCAGAAACGCGGUUACAAGAUUUUGUCGAAGCUGGUUCAAGGAUCUACGUUUGACAUUCCUGUGGAAGAAGUGUUGAAGCGACUCGAUGCAUUUGUGGACGGGUUGCUCCCCGCAGCCAAAAAGGACCGAUUCAGCUUCCUCGCAGUCCUCGUCGGUCGACUUCCAUCCACCUCACUCCAUGCCAUCCCCUCGUUGAUUCCGGAAGCUGUUCUUGGUACUAAAGAGCCCUCUGAGAAAGCUCGAUUGGAAGCAUUUGAACUUAUUGUUUCCAUGGGUCGAAAGAUGAACGAGGGAGGUGUGGUUAAGCGCAGUAUGAUCGACGGUAUGGAUGAGGAUGAUGCACCCGAUGCUGUUGCGAGCAUGGAAGAAUUCAUGACCAUGAUGGCUGGUGGUUUAGCUGGUGCCAGUCCGCAUAUGAUCAGCGCAACAAUUACAGCUAUCUCGCGCCUUGUUUUCGAGUUCAAAGACACCAUUUCUACGACGAUGCACUCCGAGAUCCUCUCUACUAUCCUUGUCUUCCUAUCUUCUGCCAACCGCGAGAUUGUUAAAUCUGCUCUUGGCUUCGUCAAACUCGCCAUCCAUACUCUACCCAUCGAUAUCCUUCGAAGCCAGCUGAAGGAAAUCGUCUCAUCGCUUCUCAAUUGGUCCCAUGAUCACAAAAAUCACUUCAAGGUGAAAGUCCGACAUAUCUUUGAACGCCUUUUGAGACGGUUCGACUUCGACGAGGUGUAUGCUUGCGUCGCGGAUCAAGAGGCCGCCAAAGUGCUGGUGAACAUCAAGAAGAGGAAGGAUAGGGCCAAGAGGAAGAAAGCUGCACGAGAAGAGGAAGAGGAUGGACAUAUGCCUGCUCCCGUAUCCAAACCUGUUGCGGGCGAUGCCUUCGAGGAUGUUCUGUACGGUAGUGAAAGCGAGCUGGAGGAUGACGAAGAAGACGAAGCGCCUGCGGCGCAGACCAAGUCUUCCAAAAAGAGAGGAGAUGUAUCUCACGUGCGGUUGCGUGUGGACGACGACGAUCCAACUGACCUGCUUCAAGGAAUCUCAUCCAAAGUCACCAGUAUGUUUUUCCCCACCUUUGGUGUCGCUGUAGUUACUCACUAUCGACUAGACGCUGCGCCUGAUCGUCGCCGCAAACCUGGACAAGAUGCUUCUCGGUUCAAGACUGACGAUGAUACUGGAAAGAUGGUCAUCGACGACGAGGAUUCUGAGGACGAGGUCGCACAGACUCAUGUCGCUGCUCACGACGUCGCUGGCUCUGCUUACAAGGAGAGCUUGACAUCAGUCGAUGGCUUCAUUAGAGGCCCGAACGGCAGGAUAAAAUUCAACAAGGACACCAAAAAGAGACGAAGGCAGAAUGAAGAUGAGGACGUCGAGAUGGAGGACGCCGAUGAAGUUAUGGCACAGAGCAAAGCGAAGAAGCCUAGGAAGAAGGAUGAACCGCGGUUGGGACAUGAGUUCAAAGCCAAGAAAGCAGGCGGAGAUGUCAAGAAAAAGGGUAUGGACCCAUAUGCCUACCUUCCUCUGGGGCAAGCGGCAAAGAGAGGGAGGGGCCGAAUUGGCAUUGCUGGGAAGCGAUAG